AUGAAGACAUCUAUGGGUUUACCACCUUUCCAGUUAGUCUAUGGGAAAGCAUGCCAUCUGCCAGUGGAGAUGGAGCAUAAAGCUUUGUGGGCUCUAAAAUUUUUGAAUUUUGAUUCCUAUGAUGCUCAUAAUAAACGCAGAAGGCAGAUAUUGGAGCUUGAAGAGAUGCGGUUGCAUGCAUAUGAUUCAUCCAGGAAUUAUAGAGAAAAGGUAAAAUUCUAUCAUGACAAGAAGCUGAUAAAAAAGGUUUUUAAUCCAAGGCAGCAGGUGUUAUUGUUCAAUUUAUGUUUGAAGUUGUUUCUUGGGAAGUUGAAGUCAAAAUGGUCAGGACCAUUUGUAGUAAAGGGUGCCCAUCCCCAUGGAGCAAUUGAAUUGGUUGAUCCAGCUGCUAGUGAUCCACAAAGAAGUUGGGUAGUGAAUGGUCAACGUCUCAAGCAUUAUUUGGGAGGAGAAAUGGAACGUCUGUCCACCGUGAUGAAGUUGGUAGAUCCAUGA